AUGGAUCCCUUUGGCGACGUAUCCAUGAACAUUGACUCGGGAAACGGCGCACAAGUCAUGCCCGUACCCAGUUCAAUGCCUGCCAAUACAAACGAAGACGUCGCUAUGAUGAACGAUGCCGACGCGCAAGCUUCUUCCUCGAACGUUGCUCAACCACAGGAUGAUCCGCUGGCCAUGGCGGUUGAGAAGGUGCCCGGAGCUGGCCCUCUACCGCCCCGUACUUUCGCCCAGAUGAGUCUCAACGGUGGCGGUAGCAGUGGAAGUGCAAGCACAUUGACCGACUUUACAAAACGGAGAAAUUGGCCGGCCAAGGUGGUGGAGGAGCUGAAGGACUUUCUACAUAUCCUCGACGCCAACGGCCGAAUCAAGUAUGCGUCCGGUAGCAUUUUUGGCAUUUCGGGAUAUACAGCCGCCGAGGUUCAAGAUGUGUUUUUGAAGGAUUUCAUCCACCCAGACGACCAGGGAGUUUUUGUUGCGGAACUGAACGAAUCCAUCGCCUCUGGUAGUCCUCUGCGAAUGUUUUACAGAUUCAAGACUAAGUCUGGCAACUAUACUGUCCUGGAAACUGUCGGCCACGCCCAUAUCGCGGCGGCAAGAUUUGCGCCGAACCCGAAUAAUCAAUCGCCUUUCUGCCAAGCUGUCUUUAUGAUGUCCAGGACGUACCCGACCAAGAACGCUGGGCUUCUUGACUCAUUUUUAGAGCACAAGAUGGAGAACGAGCGGCUGCGACGCCGCAUUUCAGAGCUUCGGAGAGAAGAGGAAGCCGAAACUGAGGAAUCGAACCGUCAAUGGGUGCAGAGUCAAGAAGGCCGGUCUGACAUGACACCGUCCGAGACCACAGGAACAUCCACCCCGUUUUUCCGCAACGCUAGUUCGACAAGCGAUAUGCAAGCAGACGGAUCCGCACUUACAAGAGAAAAUCUUGAAGGUGUUGCGGCAGGCCGAAACUCGGACUCUCUGGGCGAUAAGAUGGCGCGCUACGAAGGAAGUACGCAUGCGGAGACGAUAGAACUGUUAACCGGGCUGCGUUAUCUUGAAGGGGAACGCAGUAGAGGAAUCACGACGGGUGGCAGCAGCCCAACGCUCAUCAGGGGUGAUGCCGGCAUUGCGAUCCCCAUCGAUCGAGAUGCCAGAGCAGGCGAGAAGAAGAAGAAGUUGAAGACGGCGGAGGAAUAUGUCUGCACAGAUUGCGGGACUCUGGACUCCCCGGAAUGGCGAAAGGGGCCCAACGGACCGAAAACGCUUUGCAAUGCCUGUGGCUUACGAUGGGCUAAGAAGGAAAAAAAGAAGACCAAUGCGUCACAAAAAGGAGCCGUGGCGGACCAAAUGAUGGGAUAA